UCACAAACCCACACACAACAACAGCAGCAGCAGCAGCAGCAGCAGCUCACAUUCACUCACCAUGAAACCAAACACGCUUUAAACACGACAAACUCGGCUCAAACUCAGCCGUAAUGCGGGAAAGAACGCGCUCCCGAUGACGUCACCGCGGCAGAAGUUCGUCUGAAGCGCUUUAUUUCACGAAGGUGACAUGACGACACUGUAACAGGCGAUUGAAACCACGGCUCAAAUCUAAAUCCGAACGCUCGAGAUGAUGUUCUGUGUCGACCAGUGACGGACAUGAACGGGAAAGGCUGUAACUUGAUGGUUUCUCCGUCCGGUACAACUCAGGUGCCUCACCUGAGGGUCCAGACGGGUCACUCCUCUUCUCCGUCGCUCCAUCCCGACACCGCAUCAGGAAACCCGGCCCUCCUUCCCACGCUGAGUCUCCGCCGGCAAGUUCUGACCAAUGGGAAGCUGGGCUUUCCGCAGACGUCGCGACAUCAAGCCCCGCCCCUUUCGCUCCCAGCACCCUCCUCCAAACAAUCAGUUCGACCCAGCUGCCAAGACAAUGGUACGAAAGGUUACUUGUCUUUGGGGACGAACGGAAGAGUGUUUGGGCCGUGCGGCGGAUCGAACCUGCAGGUGUCGAGCAACGCCAUGCUGGUUCAGAGUCUGGGUCCGGUUUCUCCACAAACUUCAGUCCAAAACGCUCCACCUCAUUCACUCGCUCUUCCCUUCACUGAUGCCAGGUGUUUGCUGUCCAGAGAAUCUUUAGCGUCGACCACCCUCAGCAUCGCAGAGACGCAGUCGAUUCGCAGCAGUAAGCUGGACUGGCCCUACGGAUACCGCGUUCUGCCUCCACUGGGGCUUCAGCAGGUGUCUAAUCAGAUUGCAGAAGCAGCUGAUCCGAAUCUCGUUCCCGGGACCUCCAUGUCCGAAUCCGUCUCCAACCCCGCGUCUCUGCCGCAUUAUCUCUUCAAGGAGGACGGCAGCAGUCCGCGACUCUCGGCCCGCUCCAAAAAGCGAGCGCUGUCCUUGUCUCCGCUCUCGGACGGCAUUGGCCUCGACCUCAACUCCAUCAUCAGAACCUCGCCCACGUCGCUGGUGGCGUACAUCAUCGGUUCUCGCACGUCGCCGGCCUCACGUCCCACUCCUUCUCCUCUGCAGUCCGACGUUUGCGGACACCUGCUGGGCAUCAGAGGCAGCUGCAUCCCUCAUCCAAAUCCUGGCAAACACAUCACCAAAGACAGGUCCAUUCAGACGCUCUCCGGCGACACCGAGAGUUUCCGCAUGCAGCAGUUGGAGGCGACGCCGCUAGAAGACCAAUUCACCAAUCUAGUGGUGGAGCACCAACUUCUACCCGAAACGGCGACAAAAAACAGCCUGUCGCCUUCGAUACAGCUUCAGUUUGAACUGUCUGCCAUUAUCAGGACGCCUAGUCCUCCUAGAGGACCUCCACCGCCCUAUAACGCCCAUCUGCGAGGUUCCCACGUUCAUAUCCCAGCGGUCUCUCAGGUGUCUUCGGACAACCUGAGGGUGCUUCCGUCAACUCUCUGCCCGAUGCUGGAGGAGGAUGAGGAGGAGGAUGCGAGCGGAGGACACUGCUGCCGAUGGCUGGACUGCGGCACCGUUUACGGCCAGAGAGAGGAGCUGGUCAAGCACAUCGAGAAGAUCCACGUCGACCAGCGCAAGGGUGAGGACUUCACCUGUUUCUGGGCCGGAUGUCCACGCAAACACAAACCUUUCAACGCACGCUACAAACUGCUGAUUCACAUGAGGGUGCACUCCGGGGAGAAACCCAACAAAUGCUCGUUUGAUGGCUGUCAGAAGGCGUUUUCCCGCUUGGAGAACCUAAAGAUCCAUCUGAGGAGCCACACGGGUGAGAAACCCUACGUGUGUCAACACCCCGGCUGUCAGAAAGCCUUCAGCAACUCCAGCGAUCGCGCCAAACACCAGCGCACGCACGUCGACACGAAACCCUAUGCGUGUCAGAUCCAGGGCUGCACGAAACGCUACACGGACCCCAGCUCUCUGCGCAAACACGUUAAAUCACACUCCCUAAAGGAGCAGCAAGCCAGGAAGAAGUUGAGACGCAGCACAGAUCUCAGUCAGGACGGACUCACCGAGUGUUUGACGGUUCAGCCGCUGCAGCACAGCCUCGCGCCACUGGACCUGAUUGAGACCAAGCACCAGUCGCCCACUGAUGAUCUCUACACUGUGUUCACCCUCAACCAGCCCAGCCAAACAAACACGCUGCAGAGUCCGAUGCAGAUCCCCCCUGGUUCACAGACCCUUCAGACCCCAAACGGAGCCCACAUGCAGCUGCCGCCCUUACAGGGAAACAACAGGUUUAGGGUUCCUGUGUCACAUCAGGUGUCCUCCGGCCCAUCAGUACCGCUGUCAUCUCACCACACGCUGGGCCAAAACACUCACAAACUCCACAGAUACUCCAGCCAUCCCAGGACAUCCCACCCUGACAGUUUCUCUGCUGAUGCCCAGACCGUGUUCUCAUACGGUGACUCACCGCACGCUGCCAAACAUAUUACUUCCUGUUCCAUGAUGCAGAUGCCCAUGUUUGAGGACAAUCUGGGUUCCUCAGAUGCGUCUCAGCCGGAGCUCGACCUGGUGCACAGAACUCUGUCAGGUGUCGCUGUGUUCGAUUGCCAGACUGGACCUGAAGUGUUUUUGGGAGAGCAGGUGCCUUCGGUGCAGGAGGACAAUUAUCUUCACAUCCGUACCGCGGAGAGAUGCCCGAGCCGGAUCUCAUGCGUCUUUACUGAAGGGUGAACACUUGUUUAACUAUGGUGGAUCUCACCAACCGGAGCUGAACUUGAGUUUUGGUCAACUCACACGGGUUGUUUAGAUCACUGAGGUUUCAGAAGGACUCAUGGACUCCUGAUCUAUAGGAGAAACUGGAUUUUUAUACACUGUAAAGCACAGGUGCCUGAAGUAUUUGGACUUUUUAAGCCACAUCAAGCCAUCAGUGAAGAAAAUAUCAAAGUGCAUCUUUUUGAAACAUCACUUUUCUUCAGUUCUACUCAGUGACUUUUUGUCAACCUUUAAGUUCACAACAAAACUUUACUUUAAACCAGACAAACGUACAUUUGCCAGAUGUUUAGCUUGAAGGAAUAGUGAAAAUGUGAUGAAAAUGUGCUCACCGUCAGGCCAUCCAAGAUUAGGAUGAGUUUGUGUCAUGAGAAUGUGUUAUUGCAUCACUGUCCCACCAACGGAUCCUCUGCAGUGAAUGGGUGCCGUCAGAAUUAGAGUCCAAACAGCUGAUAAAAACAUCACAAUAAUCCACACCACUCCAAACAUCUUGAGCUGUUUUGGCUUGUAAACGGUGCAUGAUCUGUGCAGAUUUCUCUUCUGAUUCAGACUAGACCACUUUUUCACUUUUUUCUAUUUCAAAACGUCUUAAUGAUGGAUUUGUUUCAGCUUUUGUCUCAAGAUGUUAACUGAUGGACUGGAUGUCCAGUGGUGUGGAUUAUUGUGAUGUUUUUAGCAGCUGUUUGGAUUCUCAUUCUGAUGGCACCCAUUCACGUCCAUUGGUGAGACAGGGAUGCAAUGCUACUCUACAUCUUGGAUGGCAUGGGUGAUUUUUGAGUGAACUAUUCCUUUAAAAAGUGUGUUUGUGCAUCGAUUCAACAAAUGACAUUCUUUGAUAUUUUAAGUAAACAAAUAUUUGGGGGGCCACUAUGUAAAUAGUUCAUGAAUAAGCAAAAAUAAUGCACUUAUCGCAGAAGCCAUAUUGAUGUAAAUAUUUAUACACAAAGCUUACGUUUGUAAUGUUUUAUCUACUAAAGUCAUUUAUGAAUAUGAAUUGCCUUUGAGGUUUACAUAUCCUCGUCCAGUCUGUGUGUGAAAAACUUAAUUGCUGAUCAGUGACAGUAGUUGUGUAUUUUACUUCUGGAUUUUGAAGUUUUUAAGUUCUUAAAGGGAGACACUGCAGGCAAAUGUUUUUUCAUGCACCUGUCAAGUUUUGGGAUUUUUGUUUUUUUAUAAAGUGUUUGUUCAGACUAGUAGAAAGAAAACAUCCAGAACACACUGUUAAGUGUUUCUUUUAUAGCACUUUAUCUAUUUGUGUCAACAGAUUUCAAUUACAGUACAUAUUUUUAAAGGCAGUUUUCUCAAAAUGAGUUUUUUCCUCCUACACGGAGCCAUAAAUCUCCACUUCUGUAGCACUUACACACACCAAACCGAACAUUUUUAUUCCUGUCUAAAGGUUUUUACAGAGGGAUUUGUUCAUAUAUAAUUUGCUUGAUUAUAUACAACAUUUUUUUCCCCCCAAAAUCGUGAAAAUAUAUUGUAAGUAUUUUCUGAAUUAUGGAGUGACAAAAAUGAGGUACCAAAAAUUCCCUCUGUAAAAACAUUUGAUAAUAAUGUGUAAAAUAAAUAAAUAAAUAAAUAAAUAAAUAAAUAAACGUCAUCCAGUGUUUAGAUU